UGUGUGAUUUUCGGCGUCGAAGACUUGGAAACAUCACUCGGUUCGGGUUAGCAUGUCGGCUAGCUGUCACGCCUCUUGGUUUGUUUACAUUCUCCGGAACCGGGGAAGGGAAAUGACAUAUGUCCGAUUUUGGUGGCAUAAAAUAUCGUUCGGGAGGUGCGACAGUAAAGGUGAAGUUGACAGUUUUGACCAUCAUGGAGUAAUUUUGCCAUGUCGUCCUGAAUAAGUGCAUUUUUAUGAUUUCAUGCCAUUUAUUUAGCAAUUGGGGAAGAAUACUUGGAUAAAAAGAAUAUCCUGUUAAAAUAUUGAAGUGAAGAGACAGAAACAAUGACAUUUUGCAGCUCUCUUCCUCGCGUUUUCCUCGUUGUGAAUACUUCCCCCUCGACGGGCUGACUGGUCCUUCUCAAGCCAUUUAUUUAGCUAUUGUGGAAAAAUACUUGGAUAAAAAGUAUAUCCUGUAAAAGUACUGGAGUAGAGAGACUGAAACAAUGACAUUUUGCGGCUCUCUUCUUCGCGUUUUCCUCGUUCUGAAUAAUUCCCGCUCAAUGGGCUGAGUAAAACCGAUGAGCCCAGUCUCCCGCUGACGUCAUCCACCUGUUGGGGACGCUCAAGCCCUAUAACAGUAGGCGUGGCUAACCGGCAGAUUAAAAGACUAAUUUCUCGUCAUCUGCGCUUUGCUAAAUUGUUGUAUAUAGUCGAAUCGUCUCAAAAUGUGAUUCUAAUUCACAUAAUAAUGCUAUGUAAGACUUUUUUUCUCCUGUCGUAUGCUCUUUAAAGGGUUAAAGAAAUGCAAAAAAAUAAAAACAUGAUCAUCCAAUGAGAUCACAUUUUAUGACGAAGUUUUUAUUUUUUUCUUCUUACAUUUCAUUUUCCCAGUUAAUUCAAAUGGAGUCGACAUCCCAAAAAAAAUACAUUUAGUUAUUUGAGUGUUUUAUCAGGAUUUGACUCACGCAUCUCAAAAAACUUCUAAUUACUUGAAAUUUAAAAAAAUACAGGCCUAUGUUAUCAUAUUGAACCAGACGCCUACACGCGGGAGGCUCCCAUCCACCUCCCGCCCACUACCCACUCCGUGUCGCUUUUGUUGUGCUUGCUGCCAAUGGUUUGGCCCUCAAAAGCCACUCACUGCUUGCAGUGCCGUCAUAGCAACCAGGAAAUACACACGGACGUUGGCUGGAGUGGACGUGUGUCAGUUUGAGAAGAAGGUGGUAAAUGUACCACCACAGCUACCGCACCGAGGGGAUUCUUCUCCAUCUUCAAUUUGGGCAGUAGUAGAGUGCUCAGAGAUGGCAGCCACGACCGCGCUGCCCCCGGUGAAGAGCGUGGUGGUGUACAGAAACGGUGACCCUUUCUUUAGCGGUCGCCGGUUUGUGAUCAACCAACGGCAAGUGUCCACCAUGGAGGCUUUCCUCAACGAGGUGACCCACAAUAUUGGGGCCCCGCUGGCUGUCAGGACCUUGUACACCCCCAGACAGGGUCACAAGGUCGCCGACUUCCAGGACUUACGGACGGGGGCCCAGUAUGUCGCCGCGGGUUUUGAGAAGUUCAAGAAACUGGACUACAUCAAUACGGGGGUAAAAAAGCAGCCGGCAGCACGAGAAGAAACUCAGCAGGCAAAAAUAAUGCAGAGGCCCAACGUGUCAGCCAAAUGGAGGAAAUUUGUUCCAGUCCCGUGUAUCAUACAUGUUUUUCGCAACGGGGACCUGCUGUGUCCCCCGUUCCGAUUCAUCAUUCCUCGCAGCAUGCAACGGGACCUGGAGCAGAUCCUCAGCCUGGUCACAGAAAAGGUCAGCUUACGGACCGGUGCUGUGCGAAGGUUGUGUUCUGUGGAGGGGGUCACGGUGACCUCGGCGGGGGAGCUGGAGACCGGACGCUGCUAUGUUGCCGUGGGAACGGAAAGGUUCAAGAAGCUUCCCUACGUGGAGCUGCUGGUCUCAAAAACCACAGAGAGGUAUUACCCAGGAAAGAGACAAACAAUGAAGAGAAAUGUGAACAGGAAGGAAGGAAGUGGUCCAGAAGACCAAUGCAGUGACUCUGCGCUGCUCAAUUCUCCAGAGUCAGACGGGCGGAGAGUGAAGUCAACAGGUUGUGAAGCUGCUCCACCACAGCAGGAGCAGCACACGUCAGACCCAACCACUGACCUGAGAGCGGACAACACAUCUGUGCUCUUCGCCAAGCCGGUCAGAACUCAUAAAGCGCGAGGAACCCCGAGACCACCCCACAGCAACGGACCCUUCUAUCGCGGAAUCUUCAAGCCGGGAGCACGGAGGAGGAGGAGGGAGGAGGUCAGAGGAGCUGAGGAGGUGCAGGAGGACGAGAAUACAGCCACGGAACUUCCUGUUGAUCAGAGAGUGGCAGAAAUAGUGGAGGACGAAGAGCUUAAUAUCACCUACGAUGCUCUGCCUGACACACUGAAGUUUCUACCAUCUGAGCAAGACGAAGUAGAAAAGACGCCGAUAACACAAAGCACAGAAGAGGAAUUUAACACUGAAAAUCUGGAGCCUGCGCUCAACAAGAUGACUUUGAACACUCCCAAUUCUAACAGAGAAAUUCCGGGAAAUAUUUUGGAACAUCAAGAAGAAAAGGCAAGCGUAACCGUCUUAUCUUUGGUAUCACUUGGCUUCCCCUGGCAAUAUGUGAACAAAUAACUGCCUGAAUACAGUUCUGUUUGAAUGGAACUCGGGCUGCAGCUAUCGAUUAUCUAAGUCAGACAUGUCCAAAGUCCGGCCCGGGGGCCAAAUGCGGCCCGUAGUCAAAUUUCAUCCGGCCCCCAGCCUCUGUCGUAAAAUCAAUAACGUCUGGCCCGCACACAGACUUAAUAAACUGGUCAGCAGUACUGCAACCAGCAUAUGAAGUAGCUUACACACGAAAUGCUGCUCCUCAUUUACCCACUAAAAGGCAGCAGCACUUUAACCCUUUAUUGCCAAAUG